AUGUCCUCAGAUACGAGGUACUUCAACAGGUCGCGGCUGCUCCCGGCACACGGGAAGAACACGUCGGCUCCAGCGGCCCCUGGGGUCGGGCGGGGCUCGCGCAGUGCGUCGCCCGCCUUGGCUGCAGCAGGUGCAAGGGAUAAGAGGAAGAAGCGACAGGGCAAGAAGAACAGUAGUGCCACAGAUGGUAGUACUUCUGGCAAUGCUAGCGGUGGUCGAGGUCGUGAUCGUUACCUCAGGGAGCAGUCGCUGCCCAACGGGGAGAGACCAGAUUUUGGGCACGGAGCAAGCCACGAUGGACGUCGAGAAAGAGCAGUUGGAUCGCCAGCACAGUCGGCGUCGGCGUCGCUCAAGAGACUUGUGCUCGAUGGCGAGGCCACCGCCGCUUCCAACGACGCGCCGCUAGCUACUUACAUGGUUUCGCCCAUAACGACCCCGGGAACGAUACCAACGCAACUUACAAACAACAACAACAGCAGCAGCAUCAACAAUCCUGCCAUGUUGCUACACGGGAACGCCAUAUGGAAUUCUAAACAGGUCAGUCCUCGCCCCGGUCCACCACCGCAACAGCAGCAACAGGCAUACCCUGUAACGUCUCCGCAUGGCGUCCAACCGUACAUGGGUCCAAUGCCCGUGUCACCGAACGGCAUGCCCAGAGGUGGUCCACCAAUGCAGGGGCUGCCACUACCGCAAGGGUUGCCCCAGGGACUCCCACCGGGGCUGCCACCGGGUCAGCCGUUCUUGGGGUUGCCCCAAGCACCGCAACAAUUCAUGCAGCCACAUCCGUACCAGUUGCCAGGGUACCCGUACCUUCCAGCAAUGCAACCGAAUGGCAACGGCAACGGCAACAACUACAAUCUGAUAUCGGCUCCUGUAACUUUACCACCAACUUUGCCCACUUCAAGUCCCGCUACAACAAGACCGUCGAGCCAGAGCUCAGUGGGGAAGACCACUGCAGUCAUGGCACGGCCGGAAGACGCUGCAAAACGACAGAGAGGACAACGCACAGACAAGAGGAAGCGUGCGGGGCAACCGCACUCCUUCGCGGGGGCGUCCUUCGCUACAAAUGUGCCUCAGGAAUCAAACUUACCCAAGCCAAGCUUCCUGUAA